AUGCAGGCAACUUCUCCUUCCCAAUACCCCGAUACAACAGCCAUCAACCUUGAUCGGAUUCUCUCGCGCUUAGAGCAGGUCCUGCUCUCUCCGGAGUCCUCUUCCACAUUACGGAAGUCCAGCUUUGAGCGAAAUCGCGUAGGCGCAAAUGUAGAAUAUGCACGAACAUUAUUGCUCAGCCUCGAACAUUCCGCGGCGACAUCAGCGACGUCGAAGUCGAAAAAAUCAUCAUUACAAGCGGACCUUCAACAGAAGCGCGAGCUGAUCAAACAAUUGAACCAAAGGUUGUACGAGCUCAACCAGCUCGACGACGAAGUGUCGGAAGACUCCACAGACUCAGAAAACGAAGAUGAGGACAUAUAUCCGUCAUACGCACCACAUGUGAAGGAGGAAGCUGGAAUUGAGGUCAAGUCAGGCAAUCAGGGCAAUGAAGCAUUCGCGACAGCAGCGCAGAACCUCGCAUCGGAGCUACGGCGGAGAGGCCCCGCACAACAAGAGGACGUUACUGCGACAGGGACGGCGCUCUUUUCUUCGAGAACACGCGCGAGCGGCGACUCAGGAAAAUCUCAGGAAGCAUUACUGGAGCACCACCGCAUCGAGCAGGAAUCGCUGAGUACGAGCCUACUUGAAAUGGCAAAACAACUGAAGCAGCAAUCAGUACAUUUUCAGAAUACUCUGGAAGGGGAUAAGUCGAUACUGGAACGGGCUGUUGAAGGCCUUGACAAAAGCACGUUGGGCAUGGAAGCCGCUGGUCAGCGGAUGGGCACAUUGAGAAGAAUGACCGAAGGGAAAGGCUGGUGGGACCGCAUGAAGCUAUAUGCACUCAUAUUCGGUCUGUGGAUAAUCGCCUUCCUCAUCGUCUUCGUUGGACCCAAAAUACGAUUCUAG